CUUCUUCACGCCGUCCUCGUCACCAUCACCACCCACCCAGCAGAUAGAUCCUGUGACGGGUCAGCCGUACGUGUGUAGCCUGGAAACGUUUCUGUUGUCUGGAAGGCGCCGCUGCUCUGGUCCGCUUUGCUGUGCAGACCCUGGAGGGAAGAAAAAGGCGUCUUCGGGAUUGAGUGCGCAAAAAAGGGGGGAGGCGGAUAAGAGCUAAAUCGGGCGUGGUAGCGGGGAAAACUCAUCUUUGUGAGGAGAAACUUCAGAGCAGCAGCCACCAUGUCGCUGUCGGUCCCGCAGAACGGAGUGAAGGCGGAUAGCGAGCCCGUUAUCGAGCUGUUUGUGAAGGCAGGAAGUGAUGGCGAGAGCAUUGGGAACUGCCCCUUCUCCCAGAGACUCUUCAUGAUUCUGUGGCUGAAAGGAGUCGUCUUCAACGUCACUACUGUGGAUCUAAAGAGGAAGCCCGCAGACCUCCAGAACCUGGCCCCCGGCACGCACCCGCCCUUCAUCACCUUCAACGGCGAGGUCAAAACCGACGUCAACAAGAUCGAGGAGUUUCUUGAGGACGUUCUCUCCCCGCCCAAACUCUUCAUGAUUCUGUGGCUGAAAGGAGUCGUCUUCAACGUCACUACUGUGGAUCUAAAGAGACCGCUCACAGGAGGAAACUGGCCAAAGGCUAUAUUUGCUGCAGCUCUAGAGCGCGGGCUGCUGAAAACCCUGCAGAAGCUGGACGAGUAUCUUCGCUCGCCGCUGCCCGAUGAGAUCGAUCACAACAGCAUAGAAGACGUCAAAGUUUCUAACCGCAAGUUCUUGGACGGGGACGAAAUGACCCUGGCUGACUGUAACCUGCUGCCCAAACUGCAUAUAGUUAAGGUGGUGACUAAGAAGUACAGAGGCUUCGAAAUCCCCAAAGAGAUGACGGGCAUCUGGAAGUACCUGAACAACGCCUACACGCGCGAAGAGUUCACCAACACCUGCCCCAGCGACAACGAGAUCGAGAUCGCCUACGCAGACGUAGCCAAGAGGCUGGUCAAAUGAGCUCCUCCGUCGCAACCGCCUCCUUCCACCCCCCCACCACCUCUCUAUACUCCCCUGCACCUCCCCAUCCUCGGCACCGGGACUGAUGUGCUCAUUCACCAAAAAGGAAAAAACAACAACUUUGGACGUCUUUUCCUUCUCUCCUCAUCUAGAGUGAACUCAUGCAUGAACCCUUGGUCAUUCAUUUCUUUUUUUUCUUCCGGUCAUUAUGAAGGUCCGUUUAGUUGAAUCACCCUCGCUCAUGUUUGUCCCCUUUAAUCGCUUUUUGUUUUUCAUUUGCCAAUGAAUGUUGUGAGGCAACGGAGAAGCAGCCAGGCGUGCACGUCAGUGCUUGUCGAUGCCUGAUAAGUGACCUUCAAGCUGACCUUUCCUCCGUAUGCAGGGGGAAAGGCCACACGCUGGUAUUUCACUGUCGUCUGUUUAAAUUUCACUGUUUCUUGGAUUUCUGAAGACUAAGAAGCUUCUUUUUUUUUUCCCCUCAUCUUUGUUUAUGUAAACAGUGUUGACGCUUCAGUGUUUUUUGGCUCAAGUAUUUGACAGGUUAAAAUAGAAGCUAAUCCAAACCUAAGUGGUCGACAUAUCAACUGAGAGAUGCUUUAUUUUAAUGUUGAGCUGUUUAAAAUAAAUGAGAAUAUUUGUAACUGCAGGUAAAUCUACCUGGCAAACAUGCUCUGAUUUCCUCACUGCCCUAAGUGGGCACAAGUCUCGUAGCUCGGUAGAACUGUAGGAAAUUUCCCGUACUGCUCGCAGAAGUAAAAGCAGGAAAAAUGCAGCUUGAGGUCUAAGAAAUAUUCACCUGUAUGUAGCUUAUUAUUGCCUUUGAAAGCGGCUGUUUUAAUCAGUAGAGUUUCUUCUCAUAUCGAACACAUCGUGCUUACUGUAGCCAUAGUUUGGAUUAUAUGUUAUGAACCAAAAAUGGGGGGCGGGCACAUUAUUCUGGUCUCACUGUGGAUGACAAAUGAAGAAACCACACACGCUCACCGUCUCCUGCUUCAUAACACACAGGUUGAAGGACACUAAUGUUGGGUUGAGCACCACGAAAAGCAACUCUAAAGAUAUUUAUGACUAAAAAAGAAGAAUAGAGGAGAGUAGCAAUGAAGGAACAGCUGUGCAGAUUUCUGUCAUCAGUCCGUAUGUAGGUCGAUCUCCGAGGUAGCGAAUGUAGUAGCUCCAAAAAGUGCUUUAGUGUGGAUAAAGCAAAACCUGUUUUUGUUUUCUCCCAUUCGCCAUGUUUUUUUUUUUCCUUUCGUGAAUUUGUUAUAAAACAAAUCUGAUGGAAAGGGAAUUGUAAAUAUUUGUUUUCAUUGCUCAGAUUGUAAAUUUAAAGCAUUUCAUCUGAACCUUUGAAGGAAACGUGGGCCUUUUUCUUGCCUGCUUGGAUUUGAACACUAGAGAAAGCAUCUCCUCUUUGCCUUACUCGUUUCUCUCUGCAGAUGUUUCGCAGGAAGGAUUUUUGUUUUACGAUAUCAUUUCACGACAACGUGAGUUUGGCGUUGUACCAAGAAAAUAUCCAAGCUAUGUCAUUGUUUUUGGGUUUUGUUUUUUUUUUUUAACAAUAUUGACUGAAUUAAAUAAACUUCUUA